AUGGAAUCGCAUCGACAUGAUUUUGAUCAAAUAACAGUUCAUGGUCAUCAUUUAUCUGAUUAUUUAAAUGAACUUAUACAAGCUAUUAAUCAAGCACAAGCAACAUUUAAAUCACAAAAAUUCCCAGACGAAAAUGAAAAUUUUGAUUUAAAACAACUUCAAGAACUUGAUAAUCUUCUACAAUCGAAACGUAAUCUUAUUGAAUGUUUAAAUUCAAAUGAAUUUAUUUCACAUAUAAAAAGAUUGAAAUAA